GCAAAUAUUAUUUGAUAUUAUUAUUUAAUUACUCCAUUUUUUAUAAUUUACAUAAGCUCGACAACUGUAAACAAUGGCUUCGUCCACCGAUGUUGCUACAAUCAGAGCUCAGAGAUAUUUAAAUGAGCCGUUGGUGGAAAGAUGCAGAGAUCUAUCUAUUUUGAUAGAUGAAUCAAGCACCACUGAGCUACAGCUAGUUUUUCCUCUUCUGAUAGACUCCUUAUUUGGAAUAGUAGACAAUAUCGGAUGGGGUUUACAUAAUAUUACUCUUAAGAAAAAUCCACAUGAAUAUUCAGCAUUGUGUCACUUUCUUAGUCCACAAGGACCAAUGUUUUCUUUGUGUUAUAAACUGCUUCCAGACUGUUAUCUUAAGUACAAUUUUCCAGUGUCAUAUCUUCCGUCAAAAAUAUGCUCUAUGUUGGAGGAAGCUAUAAUAUCACCAUUUUAUCUUGAUAAAAUUAGAGAUGAUCAAGGGACACGUGUUCCUUAUACAUAUCCCUUUGAGUACUAUAUCUUUCAUUUUGCAUAUCAUUUGACCAAUCCCUGGUUACAACUCCAACAGCAAGAAAAUGUGUGGAUGAAUUGGGAAACGGUUUACGUUCAAUUAGCGCAUUGUUAUCUAUACCAUUUUCUUCCGAGAGAUAAUUCUGCGGUUCUACCAGUGAUUGGGCCAUAUGUAAAGAAAACACCGCCAAGAAAAUUAACGCAAUCACCAGAAUUUCGAAGAGAUUGUCAAAAAUUGCAAACUCUGAGGCUUCUAAGAGCAUCUAUAUUAUCUUCUGGAUCAACAAGUCCUGGAUCCGGUGUGCCACAACAGCAGCAGUGCUUGCCACAAGUCUGGAGAAGUGAGACUGUAGUACAAGUCUUUCUCGAUUUUUGGUUGGAAUAUACAGAGGACGCGCAAUUGACCUCUCAAUUGAGUACAUCCUACUUAUCUACGAUACCGCGACGACAUAGUAUACAUUCCGGAGAACACAUACGUCUUGUAAGAGCGUUCAUAAAAACGUUGCAUGAGUUUACUAAUAGUGCUACGGGCGACAAGAGCGCAAUGGAUGAAUUGAAGAGAAUAAUUCUUCCUUCGGUUCAAGGAAAAAUAUAUACAUUUUUGAGGAAAGCAAUAUAUCAUUGGCCUCUGGACAGCUCGUUUAGAUUGAUACUAGAGGCUUGGUUAAGUUUUAUUCAACCAUGGAGAUAUGUACCAGGAGUAACAUAUACCAAAGAAGGUAAAGCAGAGGAAGAAGAAAGGGGCAAAAUUCAUGAUCCCGUCAGAUGGAUCUCUUUCGUGGCUAAUAAUCUGUUAGCAUAUACACUUGUAUUUCAGCAAUUGCUUCCACGAUUUAUGAGAACUGACUUAGUAGCGCCUAAAAAUGCAUUAAUGUUAUUUAGAGUUACAAAAGUAUUUUCACAACCAUACUUAGCAAAAAUGAUAUGUGAAGUGGAGAAUUGUGUGGAUGACGUAGUCCUUAGCAAAGGUCGAAUAACUACAAAUCAAUGGACAUCGAUUAUUAGACAACAGAUUCUUGAACUGGAAGGUCCAACAUAUCAAUACGUUCCCAUGUUUUCGACAGCCAUCAACUUGCAGGUCAUAUGGUUUUUGAGUAAUAUUAAACAAGCGCAUUUAACAGCGACCAGCUUGGUGGAAGCUCUGGAAAACAGAAGAAGAGGAAAGCGUUUUCUGCUUUCUCUAUGGGAAUUCUUUAGUUGCGAGGAAUACUCCUCAGAUGAUAUCAGCAUAGAUGAGCGACGACGCGUUCCUGUACUCUUGGCCACUGCUCAACAACAACUAAUAGAUAUAUUUCAAAUACAACUCGAAGACAUUCCACAAGUUGCUAUAGUAGCCGAUCAAGAAUAUCAUGACAGUAUUCUGUCGACUUCUUUUUGUCAUCAGUCGCAGAUGGAAUCUAGCUUUGAUUCAAGCAGACCAGGUACUUUCGUACCGUUGCAAGAAGGUAGACAAUCGUGCCGAUAUGUCGAAUAUAUGGGCGAUCCAGAAUUGCAACCAGUGCGAACAAACGAAUGUGCUUUUCUCGUUAGAAACUUUUACAAGCUAUGCUGUUACCUCAAUCUUAAGUAUCGAUAUGAGAUAAUCACACUAUACAGCAAACGAAGCUUCCUUGGUAGCGUUUGUCGGCAAUUGGUUGUCCCACCUACUACGAUUGUAAAAUUACCCAAACGAACAUCAAACGGAUUUAGCAGUGGCUCUGAAGAACGACUGCCACCUCGAUUAAGUUUACGACCUUUAGCCAAUUACACCUUUCUUAUAAGUUUAUUAUUUGGUAUACUGAUCGCAUGGCUCAUCAAUUAUGGUCCCUUUAUGUUCUUGGGAUUUUUAUUUAUUAUGUGGAUUAUGUACGUAGUCAUACGUGCAACAUUGAAACACUAUUUUCCAUCUAUCGCAAGUGUUUUUCGACAAAACGCAGUUGCACCUUCUAUUAAUCGAUGAUGUUUUAAAAUA